GGGAAAUCCUGGUGCUGGGGCUGACGUUGUGAGGGAUCCACCGUGCAUCCUGCCCCCGUCGGAGGCCCUGGGAUCGGCUCCUGGAAAUCGGCCUUUGCUGCGCUCGAGCUGAUUUCACUGCUAGGUUAUAAAGUGUACUUCAAUAAGCCAUCUCCGGUGGAUAUGGUACAUUGAGAGAAGACAGAUCAGUUAAGGUGUCUACAGACUGCAUCAAUAUGGACGGCCACAAUUACCAAUAUUCUAGGGAGUUCUAUGACAGAUAUGCCCAAGGCCAGGAAAAAUCUGUGGUAAACAAAAUGCAACAGAAAUACUGGAAAACAAAGCAGACUUUUAUCAAGGUCACCGGGAAGAAAGAAGAUGAACAUGUCGUGGCCUCUGAUUCCGAUUUGGACGCCAAACUAGAGCUUUUUCAUUCCAUUCAGAGAACUUGCAUGGAGUUGCUGAAAGUCAUUGAACAAUAUCAAAAGCGUAUUUGCUUUUUAUCUCAAGAGGAAAAUGAAUUGGGGAAGUUUCUCCGUGCCCAAGGAUCCCAAGAUAAAACAAGGGCUGGGAAAAUUAUGCAGGCCUCAGGAAAGGCCCUCUGCUUUUCAUCUCAGCAACGGCUGUCUUUGAGAACGCCUUUAUCUAGACUGCAUCAAGAGGUGGAGACGUUCAGAUACCGGGCUAUCUCUGACACUUGGCUGACAGUUAACCGAAUGGAGCAGUCUAGGACAGAAUAUCGUGGAGUUUUACUUUGGAUGAAAGAUGUCUCCCAAGAAUUGGACCCUGAUAUUUAUAAGCAGAUGGAAAAAUUUCGAAAGGUUCAGGCUCAAGUACGUCAUUCUAAAGCCACCUUUGACAGACUGAAAACGGACGUGUGUGAGAAAGUAGACCUUCUAAGAGCCAGCAGAUGCAACCUCUUGUCUCAUGUUUUGACAACCUACCAGACAACAUUACUCCACUUUUGGGAAAAAACCUCUCACACCAUGGCAGCAAUUCAUGAAAGUUUCAAAGGUUACCAGCCAUAUGAAUUCACCACAAUCAAGAGCCUGCAGUUCACCCUGGACAAACCCAGUAAGGAAACCAAGAAUACAACAAAUCUACAAGAAGAUACAUCAAAGAACAAUGAUCAACUAAUUUCAUUAGAUGACGAUCAGCAGAAUAAUGAAUUUGGGUCAUCAGCUGAACCAAGUAAAGGAAAUCCUGUAAGCCCAAUGUUAUUUGAAGGGUCCUUAGAUGAUUUGUUGGAUCUGAAACCUGACGAGAAAUUUUCAUAUGAAGAAAGUGCGAGUUCAAGGGAGCCACUUGAUGGAAACUUUGGUGAUAAGGAUGACAUGCAGCUUCUCAAUGAAAUUCUAAGUGCUUCUUCUUUGGAAAGUGGAGACCUGGGUAAAGAAUGGACUGCUGUGUUUGGCGAGCCUCUGUUUGGUGCUCAACCAAUGAGCCCAGAAGCUGAAGAGAAGGACCAUGGUGCCGAUUCAUCAUCUGGCUUCCUCCCUUCACAGCUUUUAGACCAAGACCUGCUCGCUCUACAGUCUUCAUUGCAGGGUUGGACUGCCAGCGGUGGGAUAUCUCCACCAACCUCUCAGUCUGCUCUUCCAUCAAGCUACCUCAGUACGAAUAUUAGCAAGACUCUGGCAAAGGAGAACACAAAAACAACAAAAGAUCUGAGUAGUUGGUACAAUCUCUUUGCUGAUCUGGAUCCAUUAUCCAACCCAGACGCCGUUGGGAAAACCGACAAGGAACAUGAACUGCUCAAUGCGUAACAAAACUCUCUCGUAGGCUUGUUUCAAUGGAUUAAUACAUUUGCUGUUGGGGGGGGGGUUACAUUUUAUGGAAGUGCCACUACUUAUCUUUUCUACCAAUAAAAUUGUUGUUUUUCUUGUUGUAAAUUAUAAAUAAUAUAUAAUAUAUCUGAUUUACUGUACUUGCCAAAAACCGCCUGGAUUACUACUGAAAUAUUUUAAGGGAAAUUCUAGCAAGCUAUUUUUUUUUAAAUGACAUCCACUGUAAAAAUAGAGGUUUCUCAAGAAAGGCUGUCAGAAUUUCAAUAUAUUUUGUUGCUGUUCAUACAAUGUUUUGUUUGAUUAAAUGUUUGUUCCGUGCAACUACUGACAUAA